GCGGGCGCCACCGGUGUGAGGGCGACUGGGGCAGCAGUCCCCGUUGCCAGGCGUACCUAUGGCCAGGCUGCCAGGCUCGCAGCCGCACACACCAUCAAUCCGGAUGUCGCGGAGCCUUUUGAGGCUGAGUCGAUGCCGGCCUAUGUCCCUAAUGAGGCAAACCUGGUCGCCGAUCUCGAGACCAUCCUCAAGGAGCGGGAUGCAUGCGGGGUGAGGCAUCGUUGGCGCACAUUGGGGCCCAAGUUCGUAUAUGUCGCGCCGCUGUCCACCGCUUCGCUGGCCGCCGCGCUGGUCCGCUGCGCUGCUGCAGCUGCGCUGGACGCCGCUCACAGCCAGGCGUUGCGUGCCGCGCGCGCUGUACCGCAGGUGGGCUUCAUUGCCAACCUGAAGGGCAUCAAGAGCCACACCAUCGUCUCCCAGGCGCUGCGCGCGCUGGGCUGCAUGGAGCACCGCGGCGCAUGCUCUGCGGACGACGAUUCGGGUGACGGCGCGGGCCUGAUGACUCAGAUCCCCUGGGCCCUUAUCCAGCGGGACAUCCCUGCCGCAGAGGAGGGCAGCACGGGGUGA